AUGGUCACUGGCGAUCCACUGGCGUGGAUUGUCUACAACAAUGUUAGUCAAAAAAGAUGGUCGAAGCGCGGGGAGGCUGCUCAGACGGUCGCAAAGGCUGGAUUACACCCGAAGAAGGUCAUGCUCAGUAUCUGGUGGGAUUGGAAAGGAAUUGUCUAUUAUGAGCUGCUGCUACCCAACAAAACGAUUGAUUCAACUAAGUACUGCUCACAACUGGCCAAAUUAAAGCGAACAAUCGAUCAGAAGUGGCCCGAAUUGGCGAACAGAAAGGGCGUUGUGUUCCACCAAGACAAUGCUAGACUACACGUUUCUUUGAUGACCUGGAUUACCAACAUCUUGCUUUGCGUUAUAUGGUUCUGCGGGAUCGCCGUUGCAGCUCCAUUAGCGUAUUUUAGAAACUAUUAUGAAAGGCAAUGGAAGGACUAUCUAGAAACUUAUUGUACGGAAGACACUGCUUUGGUCUAUCCAUAUUGGCACAUAUUCGUAGGUCUCAGCGUCUGGGGACCAUUAACAAUCAUGGUAGUGUGCUAUUCUGCAAUUCUUGUUAAACUAGAUCGCUAUGAGACGCAAACAUUGAAAAGUGAGCAAUCCAUUGUGGUUCGCUACAAAGGUAGAGUAGCACAGAUACUUGCUCUUAUGGUUCUGGCGUUUAUUGUGUGCCGUGUGCCAUUUACGGUAUUAAUAAUUAGACGUGUUCAGUUGCUGCAAGCAUCUGUCAAAGCCGGACGUGCUGAGUCUAUUUACGUACUAUGGUACAUAAGUAGAUAUCUGGUGUUAGUAAACGCCGCGAUAAAUCCGUUAUUGUACGGUUGUAGUAGCACUCGCCUUCGGAGAGAACUUGUGAUAUGUCCCGCGAUAUCCUGGUUGAUUUGUCAAAGAAAGUGGAAGCUUCAAAUGUGCAGUGUUUCGCAAUGUAAACUACAACAAUGUUCUUUCUAUUUAAAAUCGCAUUCUCCGUGCAUUGACAUGAACGACAGAGUCAUAUCUAACAUCUCAUCAGGAAUUACAACUAAUAAUAGCAACUAA